AUGCCCCUUGUUACUGUUGCUACAAGGCCAAACGUCAAGGCCGCCAGUAUCCUUGGCGUACGCUUCUCCAGUCAUGUCCAGUUAGUCAAGCAGAACAAUUGGAACACUGAGAAGAAGCUGCCAACAGCACUCUCUCGACUACCAACAAAAACGCUCCUUAGAUCAUUGCUCCUGACUUCCUUGAUGCGCAGGGGCUGGAUCUCACGUCCCUCUCUGGCUGCACUCGACUAUAUCACCAAGUCAAAGAAUACGCUCCUUAACCCCGACAAGAACCCUGCCCUGAACAAGCUGCUGCGCUGGACCAUCUAUAAUCACUUUGCGGCAGGCACAUGCCACCAGGAAGUCGUUCGAUCUGCCGCGGAGACCAAGAGCAUCGGAUAUCAUGGAGUCAUCAUGGGCUACGCCAAGGAGUUUGUGCUUGAAAACCCAUCUGUCUCACAGUCCGUCGAGGUCGACAAUGGGUACCGCCAAUGCCACUACCGGGUGGUGGAGGAUUGGAAGCAGGGUACGUUGGAAACCCUCCGCAUGAUUCAACCUGGAGACUUUCUCGCCGUCAAAAUCACAGGAGCAGGCGCCAUAGCUAUCGAUGCCAUGAUGACGCGGAAGCCGAUGCCCACAGUCAUCGCUGAUGCCAUGGACGAGAUCUGCCUGGAAACGCAACGACAAGGAUCCAAACUUUGGAUCGAUGCUGAGCAGCAAGCCCUGCAGCCCGCCCUGGACAAUUGGACAAUCGACCUCAUGAGGAAGCACAACAAAAGCGGCCAGGCAUUGGUAUACAACACCAUCCAGGCCUACUUGAAAGGCUCAAAGGCAAACACCCAUCGCCACAUUCAGCUUGCCGCCGAGGAGGGCUGGACCGUCGGCGUCAAGCUGGUUCGUGGUGCCUACAUUGAGCACGAGGACCGCUCAUUGAUUCAUGACACGAAAGAAGAGACGGACCGGUCGUAUGACCUCAUCGCGGAUAUCUUCAUUGCGCAGAAAAUGCCGGAUGAUGCAGCUCACCUGCAGUUUCCGUCCUCGGCCUUGUUCGUGGCGACGCACAACGGUGCCAGUGCCAACAAGGCGCUGGCGGCGUACCACGAGAGACUCGAAGCCGGGCUUCCCACAGUAGGCAAGCUGGACUGUGGCCAGAUUACUGGCAUGGCAGACGAACUCAGUUGCCAGCUGCUGCAGACCCUAGAGCAGCGGCCGAGGGGGGUGAAAGACGCGAGUUCGUCUCCUGGGGUUUUCAAAUAUCUGAUUUGGGGGUCGGUUUCCGAGUGUCUUGGGUAUCUACACCGUAGGGCUAUCGAGAAUCGGGACGGGGUUGAGCGUACGCAGCACAUGGUUGCAGCGCUCAAGAGGGAGCUGCGCCGGCGAGUACUCGGCUAA